AUGCCACCAGACAGGGCCUUGAAAGCGUGUCUUCAGUGUCGGAAGAAAAAGCGCAAGUGCAAUGGCCGGCAUCCUUGUCGGAAUUGCUCCAACACCAACCGGGAGUGCACAUACAUUGAACCAACUCCGAAGAGGUCUCCCUCAGAUGAAGACUUACUGACAGAGAAGGCCGAGAUUGAAGCGGAUUCUACCCCUGUGAAGAAAGGGGAAAAGCGUGCAGCUCUCAAUUCGGGGGACCUUCUAGCCAAACGACUCGGUCUUUCAACAGAUUGCCUUUCGGGGGAGUCUAGGCUCUGUUCUUGGAACUUCCGUUUACAUAAAGCCCGUUUACAUAAAGCUCCCUCCUAUCUCAGUAUAACAAGGCCAUUUUCCGAGAUAUUGACUACCCAACACAUGCACCGACUCGCAGACAUUUACUUCGCGGAAAUACAGCCAGUCUACACAUUUCUAGAUCCUGAAACGGUCCACCGAGCUAUCUCCGUUUCAUCCGACCAACCACCAGAGCACCCUUCAAAUUGCGUUCUCCUGGGAAUCGCAGCACUGGCCUGUCUUUUCAGUCGGGAGGAGUCAUCUGACCUCGAGUCUGAAAUUGUCCACAGUGCUCGUGCUUCUCUAGAAUACUCGACAACACUUUCCGUGCCAACCAUAGACCACGUUGUGGGAUGGCUCCUGCGCGUCUUAUAUCUCCGCUUCACCAGCUCACCGAAUCCAACAUGGCUCGCCAGUUGCACGUUAAUGCAUUUGAUUGAGACGGUCAAGUUACACGUGGAGCCAGCCCCGAAGAGCAACUCGAAUUCCGUUCAAGUUCACGGCUUGCAAGAAACAUAUAGCCCGCAACUCAGAAGACGAAUAUAUUACACUGCCCAAAUAUUCAACACAUGGAUCUCAUACGACUACGGGCAGGCCCGAAUAAUACCACGCGAUGCUUCUUGCACAUUCCCAUCGGAAGGAUGGACAACAGAAAGCCGCAUAUUCUGGAAACUUUCCGACUCCCUCGAUCCAAAUCUCCAACUCAACGCAACAGAUCUAGAAAGCAUGCUCGAGCAAACCGUCCAACUGAAGCCAUCCCAUCCAGCCAUGAUGCUUAAACGGUGCAAUAUAGCACUUUGCAUUUACCGCCGCCUCCGCGUAACCGGUUGCGCAGUCUCAACGAAAGCCGUGGACAAAGUUCUGCAACUUGGAGACGAUGGGCUACAAAUUGCUACCACUAUGGCCAAGGCCCACUCGCCUUGGUGGCAUGUCUUAAAUGUUCCAUUCCAGCUCCUCUGCGUUUUACUAGCAAUUGAUACUCGUGCCUCGCUAAGCCGCGUCGAGCAGGUCUUCCAGACGCUGAAAUUGCUGGCUGAUGAAUAUGGGCCACAGGCUCUUCGGGAGACAUGGGCGAGUGCUUGCACAUUAUUACGACUUCAGAUUCGGCGGAAGCGAGAUGAUUUCGAGCUUCUGAAUAUCAUUGAGAAUGAUAUCCUAGCAUGGAACUCUGGUGAGGCGCCUUUGACUUCAUUGGAUCAAAGUCUCCCAGACCCAUCGCAGCUACUACCUGAUGCAGGAAAUUAUGGCCUAGGAGAAUUUUGGGAUCGGUCUCGGCCGAGUCUCGGAAGGGUGCUCAUGCCCACGCCGCACGUACGGCACAUGCUAGACGAGAUCGCUUUCGCAUUGUGA